AUGCAGUUGUACAAUAAUUCUCCGAGUCCUACAUUCAUCUUGCGGGAUCUCUCAUAUGACGCCUCGAUUCUCUAUGCCUCUGACAGUAUCCGGGUGGUGCUGGGCUAUGAGCCAAACGAGGUAUUAGAACGCUCGUGCUGGGAAUAUUUCCAUCCUGAGGAACUAGCCUUUGCGCGGAGCGUGCAUGGCCGAGGCGUAUAUCUCGAUAAGGCUGCCGUUCUUAAUUAUUGCUCUAUCCUUCACAAGAAUGGGUAUUGGGUUGGUUGCGAAUGUGUUUUCACAGUCGUGUACGAUGUGUUGAUCGCAAGCACCACCGUCUAUGGACGCGGAAAUAGUAGUCAAAAACGUGCUGUGGACGCUCCGAUUGUUCGGAGGCUCUUUGACUCGUCUCCAAAUGACCCGCGCUACCAUAUGCUCACAUUCAUAUCAAAUAAGUUUUCGCGCCGUCUAACAGAACCGCUUCACGAGACGCGCGCUGCGUUGUUCGUCAAUCGCUUCACUCGUACAGCGACUAUCAUGUACGCAACUAGCGGCGUGGCAGAGAUUCUAGGACUAAGCCCAGCCCAGUUGACAUCGAAAAGUUUUUUCUACUGUAUCCAAGAGUCAUGCCUGCGCGACGCGGUGCGUUGUAUUGAAAGCGCAAAGAGUAAUGACUCCAUUGCGUAUCUGCGCUUCUGGUCCCGGGAUCCUCGAGAGGACGAAAAUACUGGCGCGCCUGGACAUGGCAGCGGCCUACCAGCAGAGUUGAUACACCCCGUUGAACUAGAAGCUGUUGUUUCCUGUACGUCUGACGGGCUGGUUGUUAUUCUUCGUCGUGCCCGUUCUCCAAUCCCAAUCAGUGGGUCCCUUCCGCCACAGCCUGUUCCCGUCUAUUCAAACGGUCUCUUUGCAGCUCCUUGGGCGGUUGAACCGAUCUUCUCAUAUGGCACUGCGCCUUAUCCACAUGCGCACAAUGGAUCAACUCCUCGCGCAGAUUACCCAGAAGAGCGGGGCACACUUUGUAGAGAGACAUCCUUUUCUACGGGUCUGCCAACGCCGAGUUCAAGCGCAAGUGCCAGUGCAAGCACAAGUAAGAGUGCAAGUGUUGGGGCAAGUACGAAAACAAAUUCAAGUACUUACAUGUCUGAAAUGCCUCCAUUACAGGCAGAUGCAAAGACAAGCGGGACUAGUGGCCCUGAGGCAUAUAGACUCAUGGACACGAUCCGCGAGGUGGCCGUCUUUGCAUGGGGUAUUGUCGGUAUCAACCGAUCACUUGAACAGUACAAAUGCGGAACACCGUCGGGUGAAGCACAGCCUGAGGCUGAAGUUAAGCAAGAAGCUGAAGUUAAGCAAGAGGCCGGAGUUAAGCAAGAGGCUGAGGUUAAGCAGGAGGUUGAAAUUAAGCAAGAGGCGUGGGAUUAA